CCUUCUCAGAGGCUGAGAGCCACUGCUGUUCAAACUCGACGAACGUGCGAGGACUCCAUUUGGCACUCUCUGCGAUGCGCCUGUUAGCCUGACCUGAGCUCCGAGGCUAUUAACUACCUUGCCUUUGUUGCUCCCCACCACACUCAUCGUCGAGGAUUGUUGGCACGACAUGGUCGACCUGAAGCUUGUGCUCUUGCUAUUCCUGAGCUUUGCCCCGGAUGCCAUUGCUGCACCAUCGCAGGUUCCCAUGGGCGUUGCGUUGAAUCGUCCUCGCAAGCUCCAGGGCAGAUUCCUUCACAUCACGGACAUCCAUCCAGAUCCGUACUACAAGCCGGAUGCCUCUGAAAAGUCCGCAUGCCACAGAAAGAAACCGAAGAAGGCUACGCCACGCUCUGGAUACUAUGGCUUGCCAUACAGUGGAUGUGACUCGCCGCUCACGCUUACGAACUACACUCUUGACUAUCUCGAAAAGGAGUGGUCCGCAGACAUUGACUUUGUGGUUUGGACGGGGGACAGUGCGAGGCACGAUAAUGACCGGAAGAACCCUCGGACGACAAAUGAAAUAUACAUGUUGAACCGCAUAAUGGCUCAGAAGAUGGAGGAAGUCUUCUUGAGCAAGGGCAUACCGGUGAUCCCAAGCAUUGGAAACAAUGACGUAUGGCCACAUAACAUUAUGCUGCCAGGCCCUAACAGCGUGACAUCUGAAUUCUCAUCCAUUUGGCGGUCGUUCGUUCCAUUCGAAUCAUUCCAAGUCUUCCAGCGAGGUGGCUACUUCUCCGUGGAAGUGAUACCGAAUUCCUUAGCAGUCGUCAGCCUCAACACGAUGUAUUUCUAUGACUCGAAUCGAGCUGUGGGAGGAUGUGAUCCAACCGAUCCAGAAGACCCCGGAAACCUGCAGUUCGACUGGCUCCAGGUGCAGCUGGAAAUCUUCCGAAAACGGGGCGUACAGGUUUGGUUAAGCGGACAUGUACCGCCAUCGGCAGACAAUUUCUUCCCUGAAUGCUACGUCCGUUAUGCAGAGGUGGCUCUGCGCUACCAGGAUACGAUUGUUGGCCACCUUUAUGGGCACAUGAAUGCUGAUCACUUCUUCUUCAUCGAUGCUGAGAGUAUACGCGAGGAGCGCAACUCCACGCCCACACGUGGGGACCCUCACGAUGAAGGACGCAAGGGCCUGUACAAGACGUUACUGAGAGUCUUUGAGGACAUCAAGACACCGCACAAGAUCAGUUACGACGACUACGGGGUGGUGAACGUGUCGCCAUCCGUGGUGCCAAAUCCAUAUCUGCCUUCUUUUCGAAUAUUCACAUAUAACAUAACGGGCACCCCGUAUAUCCCAGCUGAUGUCAGGCGAGCAGGGACAUCAAUUGAGGCUGGAAGUGAUUCUGCUCGUAGCGAGGACAGACAAGCUGUGGAUUCAUCUGCGUGCCAGGAGCGCGACUCUUGGAGCCGGACAUGUAGGCUGUGGCAGCCUUGGCACUCUAGCCCUGAUUCGCCUUCUCGGACCAACACUCUUUGGUCGCCGCUGGGCUACGCUCAGUACUAUAUUCCCAGGUCCAAAUUGGAGGCGGGAGACAAGAAGCAUGCGCCGAAAUACAAGCUGGAGUACCUCACAUAUCCUGUGUCGGUGCUGCAUCCCCCCAGGGUCGCCGACACAGGAACGUUCUUGUACCCUAUACCCCUGCGCCACCUGCCGAAGUCACUUCGGAACGCCACCAUCACGAAGUCGAAGUAUGCCCCUUAUAGCUUGGCAGAUCUGACAAUCCCGUCGUGGACGGACCUCGCGCGACGGCUGGGAGACGUGACGGAAAAGAAGCUGCGCAAGCGGUUCAGACGGUUCAUGUACAUGGGAGGAGAGGAGGCGUAGAGAGAAUUGUGUAGGAUAGCGGAGAUGUGUACGCGGCGUGCGGAUUGUAUUCUUUUCGGAUGGAUCCAUUCUCAGAGGACAUUUCUGAUGAAGUUGGGAACACAAAGCCGCGGGCCGGGGGAAGAGCCGCCGCGGGGAGACGCCGGGCGUUGUGGUGGUUCGGGCAAAAAGAG